AUGGCUGCCGAGGAGCUGUCGGAGGCCGGCAUGGCCGACAUUAUUCGAGCCCUUGAGGUUAUUCAUAGCCCCGCGUCCACGAAUGAGCUCCGCAAACAAGCCUUGUCAUUUGUUGAGUCUCUGAAAGAAGCCGACGCAGCAGCCCGCAAUGGGUUCCUGCUCGCCUCUCGCGCCGACCAUGCCCCCGUGGUACGAUACUUCGGUCUCACGCUGCUGGACCAUGUUCUGCGCCACCUUUCAUUCACCAACGCCGAAGAAUCCGCGAAUCUUCGAUCGAUGAUCCUCCAGCUCGCCGAGAACGUUCGCCCCGAGGACCCCAACUAUCUCCGCAACAAGAUUCCUCAGCUAUGGUCGGAGGCCGCGAAGAAGAGCUGGGGACUAGACUGGAUCGAUAUGGAUGCUGCGCUCGUGAAGUUCUGGGGUUCGUCGCUGGUACACAAUGAGCUGGUUCUCGCGGUGCUUGAGACUCUAUCGGAAGAUGUUUUCUUCCGUGAAGAUACGGUAUCUUCGUUGCGCGGAUCAGAGCUCAACCGGGCGCUGGUGGAGAUUUUCACGCCCGCCGCUAUUGUUGAACAGAUCAACCCCGACAAGAACACCAAUGCUGCGCUGCGUUGUGGCCAAGAGGGUUGGCUCGUUCGAAUUUGCGAGUUCUUGGAUAAUUGCAUUCAGAAUGUGUCAAGCUCGCCCCAGGCUCGGAACGCGGCUAUCAAGGCGCUUACAGCUUUGAGGUCAGCUUUUUCUUGGUCCAUCUACAAAGCUGUUACAGCCUCCCAAGCGGUCUCCGGUGUCUUCAGAGCAUUGACGUGUCAGGAUGAACAGGUUUUAUUGGCCGCCAUUGAAGCAUUGCAUGCGCUCUACGGCAGAAACAACAUGGGUAACGAGGAUUCGCAUGGCCUUCUUUGCCUGAUCUUCGAGGCCGACUACCUUAACACCCUUCAAAAUCUGUAUCAAUGGUCAAUUGUGGGCCCAGAUGAUGUCGAUGAGCCGAAGUACUUGAUAUCGAAGAAGCUUUCGGAGAUGGUUUCCUAUGUGGCAGGUUCCCUGGAAGAUGACAGGUUCCUCAGAGAUACGAUGCACCGCUUGGAUCUUCCAUCAUUCUUCAACUUCAUGAUCAUUAUCAUGCAACACCAGAGCUUGACUGUUUCGAUUCCAGUACUGCACCUCUGGUCCAGACUUCUCCCAAUUCAAAAGAUCGGCACUCUGGAUUUCGUGGUGAGCCAGACUCCCAGCUUCUUGAACAUUUGCACCCAGCGGUUGAUCCGCUGGGAAUCUCUCCCGACGGACUCCGAAGAUCCCACCGUACAGUUCCUUGUUGAAGACAUCGACACCACGCCUGAACGCCACGCAUUCGUCGGCAACUAUCGUCGGUACUGCUCAUCGAUUAUCGAGUCCAUUACCCUAAAGCGUCCGCAGGAUGCGGUGCGUGAGAUCCUGAGCAGAGUAGAUGAGAAUCUUAACAACUUGUACGAUGGAGUUGAGCCGUUUAGCAUGCAGACCUUCAGCAAGUCCGCAAUUUCACUCAUGCGUGCGGAUGCCCAGUUUGCUGUCGUGGAAGCCGUCAUUAAGGGAUACAACAAGUGGGUCGAGUCUCAUGGAAAAACUCCCCAAAGAGACGAACAAGAGCGGAGAGAAUUGGAGGUUGCCGUGGAGAAUUGGGCUUCAACUUUGAUGCAACGAUCAUUCGAGGACCCUGUUCUGAAACAGCGAGUGAUCAAGUUGGUGGUGGACAUCUCAUCCCGCGCAUUGGACAACCACCCGGCCUUUGCUCUGAAGGUCCUUGAGCACAUCCUUAUGACACGCCUCCCUGACCAACCCUCUCAUCCUGUCUAUUCAGAGGCUGUUAAAGAGCUCCAUGGGCUGGCCAGUCACGAACUCCGACGCCUCGCGAUCCGCUAUGCCGACUACUUCUCUACAUUCUAUGAUUUGCUCGAGCCUAAGAUUACGGAGAUCACCUUAGCUAACCAAGUUGAUGACAAGCUCAAGAUGGAGCUGAGCUCAAUUCUCGUGAUCAUCAUGCAACGAGCAAACAACAUUGACCCAAACCUCCGCCAGAGUCGCUUGACUUCCUUCCUUGAGCCUAUUAGAGAAUCCUGGCAGGACGCCGAAUUCCGUCGCAUGUGCUCAUCAUUUGAUGGAUUCUGUUCAAUGCUUGGACUCGAGAACGUCGGAUCCUACAUGCAAGCUAAACAAGCGCACAGGCUGGCAGAUUGGGCUGAUGUUAUCUUGGAUGCUGAGGGAAAGAAUGUCCAAGAAGAAAUGACUAGGAAAUUCCAGAUGCUGCCUUUGCGUGGUACCAAGACAAUGCUAGCAGUGUCCACUGACAAGCUGAAGAAGUCGGCUCCAGCCUAUCAGGUUGCGUGCGAUAUGUGGCAGGACUUGAUACCUCAGAUUCUUCCCACUCUGCUUCAACUCCUCAGCCACGCUCAUGCCUUCCACAACCCUUCCAACUGGGCCGUGAGUGAUGAUAUGCGGGCUGUAGUUGAGCGUAUUCUCACGGAUCGCUUCUGGCAAGCGGGAAUUUCCAGCGGCAGUCGUGAUGAAUUUUACGCAAAGAUUACUGCGUCCAAGGCCACCCUUGAAGGAUUUGCGUCUUCGGUUCGGGGCAAGAUCAGAGCUGUUCGCGAAUCAUGCUACUCGAUGCUAUUCAGCAUGAGCAGAAUGCGGCACCAGUUCUACGGGUUUGCUGAGCUCCCUGGCCCUCUUUCUGAGGCUCUCUUCAAAGAUGCAGAGCACCUGUCCUCUCACCAGUACUCAGUUUUGCUCAAUAUCUCUCGCUGCCUGAUUGAUGACUGCCCGGUGCAGUAUCGCAGCCUGUUUCUUCCUCCUAUGCUGUCCACUCUGUUCAGGAGCAUUGACACCAAAAUUACUACUGAGUGGGAACUGAUUGAGCAAAGAAAGAACGGACUGUCCGACGGAGACCUCACCGACGAGAUGAAAUCAGAGAGUGUUCUUCGUCAGUUGACUUACUCGGCUGUCAUUAUGGUCGCCAGUUUGUUCGAUCCACAGAGAGGAGACCCAGACAGAACAGAAACAGAUCCUAGUGCUCCGCAACCGACUCCGGACCAGUCUGACUCCAUUCGACACUUUGUUCUUUCAUCUCCCGAAAUUUUUGAGCCUGUCAUGCUCUUCUGUACCCACGCCCUACGCAUGCGCGACACCCGUUGCUGCAGCAUCAUCACCCGUGUGGUUCGAUCGAUCCUCGCCGACUUCGCCCCGCCUAACAAUAGCCCGACGACAGCGACCAUUCGCGAGUUCAUAUGCACUGAUGUUCUCCAGGCAUGUAUCACCUCCGUUCAUGAAUCGUAUUUCGUGGACAUGCAAAAGGACCUGGCACAGUUGAUUGCGGCUAUCUGGGUUCUGUAUGGAACCGUCAGUCAGACGCCGCGGUCUACCUUCCUAUCAUUACCUGGAAUCACCGAGGAGAAGGUCGCACAUACAGAGACCGCCCUCCAACGCUGCGUGUCUCCUCGUCAGCAGCGCGCUUUGAUCCUAGAGCUUCUCGAACCGCUGCGUGGUGUCAGCGUUGCCGAGCAAGGAAAGAUCCUUGGCUCUCGUGAGGAGCGCCGCAAGGCCCGUACUGCACUUCAAGAGCGCUACAUGACCAACGAGAUGGAAACUCAGCAGGAAAACCACCGUGUUGAUAUCAACGACGGGCCUGAUCUUUCCGGUGUCGCUGAUAUGUUCGGGUAG